AUGAUCUCAGCAACAUCAGUAAAUGGAGUAAUUGUUCAUUUUCAUGUUAGAGUAUCAACAUCAUACGGUCAAGAAGUUCGUGUUUGCGGAAAUAUUCCAGAACUUGGAAUUUGGGACGCAAAGAAAGCCAUAAAGAUGCAAUUUGAAAACAAUUUAGAUUUCUGGUCAGCAGAUAUUAAGUUACCAAAAUCAAAUGAAGACCGUACCAUUGAAUAUAAGUAUGUUAUUGUUAAUGAUGACAAUAGCGAACAAUGGGAGCCAGAACAGAACCAUAAACUCGUUUUUGGAGCAAUUAAUGAUGAUUGUGUCAUCAAUAUUGAAGAUCACUUCCACUGGAGAGAUAAUGUCCUUGACGCAUUCAGCCGUGCUACAUUUGUUGGAGCCAUAAACUCUCGCGAAAACCCAGUUCAAAGCCAGCCAAUUACAUUCAAGAAGAAUGGAGCUCACAUUCAGACAUUCUUCUCUACAAAUUGCCCAUACGUUAGACCAAAACAGGUUGUCAGAAUUGUAGGCAACGUUCCAGAGCUUGGCAACUGGAAUCCAAAGAAUGGUCUCGUAAUGAGAGAUGGAUGCUUCCCAAUUUGGACAGCAAACAAAGAGUUUGCCAAAUCAUCUUUCCCAUUCGAGUACAAGUACGUCAUUGAAAACACAGAAGAUGGAACAUUUUUAUGGGAAGACUGCGAAAACAGAGUUUGCCCAGCUCCAGUUUCAGUUAACGAAAACUUAAUUGAUUAUGUUCAGGACUGGUUCAUCUGCCCGAACAAGAACCUCUUCAAAGGAAUGGGUAUUUAUGUUCCCCUCUUCUCCCUCAGAACAAACGAAUCACAAGGCAUUGGCUCAUACACAGAUCUUAAGAAAUGUGUCGAUGCUUGCAACAAGAUGGGCGCAUCUCUUAUCCAAUUACUUCCAAUCAACGAUACAACAGAAAAGGGUGAAUGGUGUGAUUCAUACCCAUACCGCCAAGUCUCAUGCUUUGCUCUUCAUCCAGUUUACAUCGAUCUCCUUGCAAUUACAGACAAGCUCCCAGCUGCAAUGAAGAAGGAAAUCCUUGAAGCUAAGGAAAAAUUCGAGAAGUACGAACAAGUAGAAUAUCCAGCUGUUUUUGCUUUCAAGAUGAAGUACCUCAAGAAGAUUUUCAAACUUGAGAAAGAAAACUUUGCCAAGAACAACCUUGACAAGUUCCUCGAGAAAACUGGAUCAUGGCUCAAACCAUAUGCUCUCUUCUGCCUCCUCAGAGAUGAAUACAAGACAACAGAAUUCCGUAAAUGGCCAAAGUACUCCACAAUUUCGCCAGCUGAACUCGAGAAAGUUUGCAAGGAGAAGAAGAACGAAUUACUCGAGAUCUACUGGAUUCAGUAUGUAGCUGACAAGCAGUUCAAGGAGUCAUACGACUAUGCAACAAAGAACCAUGUUGCCCUUAAGGGUGAUCUCCCAAUCGGCGUCAACAUUAACUCAGUUGAAUGCUGGGCAUUCCCACAGCUCUUCAGACUCCACAUGUGUGCUGGCGCUCCUCCUGAUGACUUCUCAUCUGAUGGACAAAACUGGGGAUUCCCAACAUACGACUGGGAAGCCAUGGAGAAAGAUGGAUUCGCAUGGUGGCGUUCAAGACUUACAAGAAUGGCUGAGCUCUACCAUCAACUCAGAGUUGACCACAUUCUCGGAUUCUUCAGAAUUUGGGAAAUACCACGCGAAACAUGCGUCAGAGGUCUUCUCGGUCAUUUCUUCCCAUCUGUUCCAUUUACACGUGAUGAACUCAACGGAAUGGGACUUUGGGAUAUCGACAGACUCACUAAACCAUAUAUCAGAUGGCAUAUCUUAUGUGAUAAAUUCCACGGCGAUGCCGAGUAUGUUUCUCACAAAUACUUCAACAGCAAAGGCUGGAAUGCUCAAGAUGAUUACUAUGAUUUCAAGCCAGAGUUCGAUAAUGAGAAGAAGGUUCUUCAAGCUCUUGAGAAUGACAAGACACUCUCAGAUGAAAAGCGCGAGCAUUACAAAUACUGCCUCUUCCAACUCAUUGGAAACGUUAUUCUCAUUGAAGAUCCAGAAAACAAAGGUCUUUACCACAUGAGAACUGAAGUCCUCAAAGAUCAUGUUGAAGCAACAAAGGAAGGACCAGUUGUCUACGUUUCAUCAUCAUGGAACGAACUCGAUGAAGGUCUUAAGCAGCGUGUCAAGGAAGAAGCUAACAAAUUCUUCUAUGAGAGAAUGACCAACCUUUGGGUCCAGAAAGCCCAACCAAAGCUCAACAUUCUCAAGAACGCAACAAAGAUGCUCAUCUGUGGCGAAGAUCUCGGUCAAAUCACUGCUGGAAUUAUCAAAGCAAUUGAUGAAUCUGCAAUCCUUUCUCUUCACGUUCAGAGAAUGUCAAAGAUUCCUGAAGAAGAUUUCGAUGAUUACCACAAGUUUGGUUAUCUCUCUGUUGCUUGCCCAUCAACACAUGAUACAUCAUCACUCCGCGGAUGGUGGGAAGAAACAAAGGCUACAAGAGAAAACUUCUGGUAUAACAUUCUCUUUAGACACGAUGCUUGCCCAGAAACACUUUCUCCAGAAGUUCAAGAAGAUAUCCUCAAGCAAAACAUCUGGUCCAACUCAAUGUGGGCCAUCUUCCUUCUUCAGGACAUCACAUCUAUCUUCCCAGAGUUAAGACUUCAGUCUGCAGAUGCCGAAAGAAUCAACAUCCCAGCCGAUCCAAAUCACAAGUGGCGUUAUCGUUAUCCAUACAAGCUUGAAGAGCUUAUUGCCAACGAUAAGCUUAACAGCCAUGUUAUGCAGCUUGUUCGCGAUUCACACAGAAUAUAA